AUGCGCAGCUUCUUGGAGCCGUGCGUCCCAGCCGAAGUACCACAGGGCUUUGCAACAAGAGAUGCGGCCCUUCACGGGACUAUCUUGGCCGGACCCUCGCUGUUCUCAGCCCUCUCCUUAUCCUCCCGAAGAUCAUCAGAACCAAGUCUGGAUGCCAGCGCGGACCCGAUGAUUCAAACGUCUUCGAUUUCGUGCAGGCCUCCAGAAAUUCUGGAGGGAGGAGGACUGACAGAGGAUGAGCCGAAAGUUUAUUUGGAAGCCAGCGACCUUUGGAGAGAGUUCCACAAAUGCGGCACUGAAAUGGUCAUUACAAAAUCCGGGAGGCGCAUGUUUCCGCCGCUCAAGGCCAGGUGCACCGGGAUGGACAGAAAAGCCAAAUAUAUUCUUCUGAUGGACAUCGUGGCGGCGGAUGACUGCAGAUAUAAGUUUCAUAACUCCCGGUGGAUGGUGGCGGGGAAGGCGGACCCGGAGAUGCCCAGACGCAUGUACAUCCACCCGGACAGUCCGGCCACGGGCGAGCAGUGGAUGUCCAAAGUUGUCAACUUCCACAAACUGAAACUGACCAACAACAUAUCCGAUAAGCAUGGAUUUACAAUUCUCAACUCGAUGCACAAAUACCAGCCAAGAUUUCACAUAGUUAAGGCAAAUGACAUCCUGAAACUGCCUUACAGCACUUUUAGGACAUAUGUCUUCUCUGAGACAGAUUUCAUCGCAGUAACAGCUUACCAGAAUGAUAAGAUCACACAGCUGAAAAUAGACAACAAUCCUUUCGCAAAGGGAUUUCGAGACACGGGAAACGGAAGAAGAGAAAAGAGGAAACUGCAGCAUUCAUCACAAAAGUCGAAAGAGAUGCGGAUGACUGACAUGAAAUCUGCACCUGUAAAGGAUUCACCUACGCAAUACUCUGAUUAUUGUAAAUCUUCAGAUCCUCAUGAAAGUGACAGUGACAAAGAUGUUAAUGUUGAGGACAGUCCUAGACAAGAGGUGUGCAAAACCAACCAGGAAACUGAAAGUGAACCAAAGGUUUUCAUAACUGGGACACAUAGAGGAAUGGACCCCAGUCAAAUCCAUGUCAUCAGUACAUUAACUGAUGGAGCGGGUUGCUGCCAGCCGCACGACUCCGAGAAGGAACACUUGUGCAAAUUAUGCAGUGGUUCCGUGCAGAGCUGUGUUAAUGCAACGGAAUUACACAGACAUCUGCAGGAUCUGAGCAUCCCCAACAGUCUUCUCCACUCUGCUCAGGUAAACGCCUGGAACAGCUGCGCCACCACGGACAGAGCAGCGCUGUGUGGACUGAGCCUGGCAGCAGCUGUCAGGACACCAGGAGCUCCAGGAUUUCCCAUCAGUCUUCAACAGCACGCGCUGGUACAGGACCUGGUGAGCCUUUCACACUUUGGAGGCUUUCUCUUUUAUCCCUACUCCAGCUUCUCUGCACCAUCAGCCCAGUACUUCAUCCCGCCAGUGCGGUCCAGAGUGGAUUUCAGACCCUAUGUAAGCGUCCACGGCCGGGACUAUGUAACCUCUCCGAUGAUAUCUUCAUCUGUUUCUCCUGUGGGUGGUGGUGGACUGAAGAAUCUCGCCUCUGAUUUGCUAAUGCUACCCAAAACAGACCAGAAAUUGGACGACGCUGAAACUGACUGCAGUCAAGACGAGUCACAAAGGGAAUGAAAAUACUGACUUGAGAGCACUUAUUGCUGCUUAAAAGUAUCCCUGCAUGUCUCGUGGGAAUGACUCCUAACCUAUUACACAAUGAAACUUGCGUGUUGGUAAAGUCUUAUACAUCUGCAUCUUACAUGACUUAAGACUGAAUCCCUGUGGUGCAAAGCACAUUUUACUUCAGCAAAUGUAUCAGUUUAUAAUUAACAUAUAAAGAAGUGAUUUUAUUGGUUAGGUGCUGCUCAGUGGAUUAUAAGGAUUCUGAAUUAAUGGCUCUUACCUUUCAACAAAAAUUCAAAUUAAACAAAUAAAGCAAUACAUAAAGCCAAAAGUAAGUUAUUUGCCAACUAUAGUAUCAUUUACACACACACACAUUUGAAAUGAAUAGCUUAAAACAGUUCAGCUUCUUUGCAUUUAAAG